AUGUCUACCAUGACCGACGCCGUGUCUUUCAAGGCCCAUGCCUACGUCGUGACCUUCAUAUCCGGCAAGUCUGAUGCAGUCAACCGCAUCGAGGCCAAUCUCCUUCGCGAGGGCGGCAGCCUAUCUUAUUGCGACUCCGCUCUGAUGUACAUCGAGCCCGCCUUGGAGACGCCGCGCUGCUGCAAGAAGAUUGGAGCGAAGGCCGCUGGUCUUCGCGAGCAGGUCGACAUCGAGAAGCACAACAGGAUGAAGGCCGAGGCUCUCGCCGACUUUCGUCAGGACAAAAUCGAGUUUAAUGAGAGGACGCACAGCAUGUUCGUCCGUGAGAAUCGCGCUACCGCAAAGCUUGAGCUCGACACCCGCGACAAGAAGAUCAAGCAGCUUGAAGCCGACCUUGCUGCCGCCUCGAAGACCGCACCUCGUGAGCGCGUCAUCAGAGCCCCCGCCCCUGUUCUCGCUGUCCUCAAGCGCAAGGUCUCCGAGGCUCAGGAGGAAGCUGAAGCGCACAAGUCGUCUCUCGAUCACAUCACCGCUGCAGCGUUCACUUCUGCCACCGAGCUUGCUGCCGUCAAAGGUCAGCUCGCCGCUGCCAAGGAGGAGCUCGGUGCUCUCAAGAAGAGCAAGAGUGAGAUGGCCAUCAAGCACUUCGGCACCGUAUCCAAGAAGAAUGGCGAGAUCGCUACGCUCAAGAAGGACAUCCAGGCCCUGCACUCCGAAGCUGCAGCACACCAGUACACCGCCACCAAGCUCACCGUCAUCGAGGACAUCCAUGAGGAAACCAAGAACGAACUCUAUAAACUCAAGCACACGCUCACUCAGCUCACCGACGAGAAGAAAGACAUCUCGGAGAAGCUCACAGUCACCUGUCGUCAUCUCGAAGUCUGCACGAAGGAAGCCCAGGAUACCGCAUCCGAACUCGUCGCCGUCAAGGCUGAGCUCGGCGAGUGCAAGAAGAUGAUUCGCCCACAGAAGCACUUGUCCAACCGUAUCACCGCCGCCAAGAAGGAGCUCGAAGCUGUCAAGCAUGAGUCGCAGAUGCACCAAGCAGACGCCCUCGCGAAGCACAUGGAUGCUGUCGCCGCCAAGCACGAGCUCGCCCAGUACCAGUCGGCCUACGAUGUAUCGCAGCACAACAUCGUCAGCCUCGAGGCCAACAUCAACUCUCUUAGCAGCACUGUCGCUCGCACCACCGAGGCGCUCCGAACGACCCAGCAUGAGCUCGCUGCCGCCAAAGGUGAAGCCACCGUCACAGCCCAGGACCUCGAGAUGGAGAAGCAGUCCAACACCUCUCUCGCUGCCGAGUGCACCCGGGCUCAGGCUACCAUCACCGACCUUCGCUCCAGCCUGGAGAUCGUGAAGGUCGAGCUCGCGGCCUUCAAGGCGCCGGAGCCUGCCGCCUCCGCCUCCGCCUCCGCCGCUGUGCCUGGGCCGCCCUCGACCAAGACCGCAGCCGAGAAGUUGGCAGCCUGGAGCAACGCCCACGCCGUCGUGCGUGUCGGCGACAAGGAGAUCGAUCGGGCCAAUGAGGCCAAGACCGAGGCCAACAAGGACAACACGGCCGGUAUCUGGACGACGAUCUUCCGGCCGACGGGGUCUGCUCUGGCCAAUCAGACCAAGGUCGACGCUGUGCGCGCCGUCCUGGACGGCAUCGAGAAGGACCUGGCCGCCAAGGACUCCGCGGUCGCGGCGCUCAAGGAGGCGCUGCAGGAGGAGAAGGCAGCCGGUGCUGAGCGCAAGCGCGAGCUUGCUGCCGCCCGGCUGGCCCUCGAAUCCACGCAGGGUUCUCUGCGAGACACGCGCGCCACCCUCGCCCUCGCCCUCGCCCUCGCCCUCGCCGCCGCCGAAGAGAAGACGACCGCCGGGUGCGGCAACUGCGCGGAGGCAGAGCGCUCUGCCCGCCUCGCGCAGGCGGGCACUGACGCCGCUCUCAUGGAGCUCGACGCCGCGCUCUACGAGCGCAUGAGCAGCUGGUCGCUGCUCCACGACCUCAUAUGGGACGUCGAGGCCAAGCUCUCAGUGCGCUCGGGGACGCCCGGCGCAUCAGGCUCGACGUCCGGGGAGAGCGACGGUUCUGGGACGACGGAAAAGGGAGAGGAGGAGGUGCUGGAGGUGGAGAUUGUAGGUGGGGAUGGGGAGGUGGCGGGCGCUGGGUGGGAUAGGAACACCCCGCCUCACUUGCGCCGGGGCGGCUUUGCUGGGCGGUCACUCGCCCGGCAUAUGCCUAACCUCGUGCGCAAGUGA